AUGUUUGAUCCAACUUUUUCACUUAUUAAGCUUCUUCAUAAUAUUACACAUACAUAUUUGAACGACUGCACUCCCGUCAUACUUUACGACAGGAAAGUUCAUUCAAAAGAAAGCUAUUUAGUUCAAAAUUUGUUGAGAGAUUUUCCAGCUACUUAUAUUCAUGGAUAUAUUGACGAUAAUGAUCAAUUAACAGAACCAAAACUCCUUCAAUUUAACAGAGAUUGUGUUCACUUCAUGGUGUUUUUAAAUGAUGUGAAGAAAAUUGCUAAAGUUUUAGGUAAAAAAACUGAAAAUAAAGUUGUAGUUGUAACACAAUCAUCACAGUGGGCUGUGCAAGAGUUUCUUGCAGGUCCUAUGUCUAGGAUGUUUGUUAAUUUACUUGUAAUUGGACAAAGUUUUAAAGAAGAAGAUAGCAAUGUGGAAGCGCCUUACAUAUUAUAUACACACAAACUAUAUAUAGAUGGAUUAGGUGCAAGUAAAUCUGUCGUCUUAAAUUCUUGGUCUCAUGGCAAAUUUUCUAGAGAGUUGAAUUUAUUUCCUCCCAAAAUGACUGAAGGUUAUGCCGGUCAUCGAUUUAUUGUAUCAGCGGCAAAUCAGCCACCGUAUACAUUUAGGAGGGUAACGACAGAUAGCGAUGGUGGUAAUCCGAAAGUUGUUUGGGAUGGAAUCGAGAUCAGACUACUUAAUUUGCUAGCUGAGAGAAACAAUUUCUCUUUAGCAAUUGUAGAACCUCGUGAGUUACAUUUAGGUUCAGGAGAUGCAGUUGCUAAAGAAGUAAUUAGGGGUAAAGCAGAUAUUGCAGCAGCGGGAAUGUACAUUACAAGUGAAAGGAUUCAUGAAUUAGAUAUGACUUUUCCACAUUCUCAAGACUGUGCCAUCUUUAUAACUCUGAUGUCUACAGCUUUGCCAAGGUAUCGAGCAAUUUUAGGACCAUUUCAUUGGCAUGUUUGGGUGGCACUGACUUUUACUUAUUUAAUCGGCAUUUUUCCUUUAGCUUUUUCUGAUAAACAUACCCUACAGCAUUUAUUACAUGACUCCGGUGAAAUAGAAAACAUGUUUUGGUCAAAACGUGCCGUACUACACAUAUCAAACGAAUGUUUUGUACCAUUUGGUGUAGCCUUAGGCUUUCCUCGAAAUUCUGUAUAUUACGAAAAGUUAAGUGCAGAUGUCCGAAGAAUAUGGCAAAGUGGAAUUAUUGAUAAGAUUUUAAACGAAGUCCGCUGGGAAAUUCAACGCACUACCACUGGCAGGCCUCCGGUUGUAAAGGAAUCACAUAGGGUAACUUCCGCUGAAGAAAAAGGAUUAACUUUAGAAGAUACGCAAGGCAUGUUUCUUCUUUUAGGAGCUGGCUUUCUUAUAGCGGCCGGAGCUCUUAUAAGCGAGUGGAUGGGAGGUUGUUCAAGGCGGUGUCGGUGUAGACGAAAGAAGGUUGUACACUCCGGUACUAAUUUAAUAAAAAAUAUGAAAUAUGAUGCAAAAAUUAUUAACAAUGAAUCUGGUUUAAGUGACAGUAGGUUAGCUUUUACUAGUGCGGGGUCUAGAGAAUCGUUAGACGGUCAAGUUAUUAACGUUUCUGAAGAGAGUAUCGUCGUUCACAACGAAUAUAAUAUAUUUGAAUCAGGUUCAAAAUCAGUCUCCGCUGAUUUUGAUAGAGAGAUAAAAGAAAUUUUUGAAAGAGAUCAUCAGAGGCGGAGCAUUACACUUAACAAAGAAAUUAUAACAGCCGAUAGAAACAAGCAGAUGACGAAUUUAACCGGUGCUUUGGGAGACUUCGCUAAUACUCACGAGUUAUAA